GAGUCUUAUUCCGCACCUCAAACAACACGGUCCAAGAAUCAUGGUUUCUUCCAACACAGUUGAGCUGGUGAGGGAGGAGAUACCAGUGAAGCAACAACCUCUGACUUUGUCUCCAGACAUCAAAACGGGCCUCGUCCUCGUAGACGUUGUAAAUGGUUUCUGCACCGUUGGAGCUGGCAAUUUGGCGCCGAAAGAAGCAGAUGCGCGAAUUUCCCAGAUGGUGGAGGAAUCAGUGAGGCUUUCCAAAGCGUUUUCUGAGAGAAAGUGGCCAAUUUUCGCUUUCAUUGAUUGCCAUCACCCGGACAAGCCCGAACACCCUUAUCCACCACACUGCCUUAUAGGAUCACAUGAAGCAAAAUUGGUUCCUGAACUCCUGUGGUUGGAAAAUGAUCCAAAUGCAACACUCAGGGAAAAAGAAUGCAUUGAUGGAUUCCUUGGGGCAGUUGAGAAAGAUGGCUCUAAUGUCUUCAUUGAUUGGGUGAAAAAUAAUCAGAUAAAACAAAUUUUGGUUGCUGGGAUAUGCACUGAUAUAUGUGUGCUGGAUUUUGUCUGUUCUGCCUUGUCUGCAAGAAACCGUGGUUUCAUUCCUCCUCUGGAAAAUGUGAUCGUGUCUUCCCAGGCUUCUGCUACUUAUGAUUUGCCUUUACAUGUGGCUAAAACCAACAAGGAACUUGUGUCCCAUCCGCAGGAGUUGAUGCAUCACAUUGGCCUUUACAUAGCCUGUGGAAGGGGAGCCCAUAUAGCUUCAGAGGUGUUAUUUGAAUAAUCGAGGGGUGUUAUUGAAAUGAUCGAAACAGCGUAGCUAUAUAUAAGCAAUUGAGGAUUGGAAUAAUCGAAAGAGCAUCAAGUGUUGUAUAUAAGAGUACUUGAAAAUGUACCUAAACAAAAAACGUGUAAUUGAUUUGCUAUUAUCAUUAAAUGUCUGUUUUAGAUUUUA